AUGCAUUACACACCAGGAGGGCAAAGCGACGCAACAGUAGCUGCCACAGAUGAGGCUGCAAAGGCAAAUGUUUUGAGAGGUCUUGCAGAGCAACGGGCAAUGUACGCACAGGCAGUGGCUUCUCCAGUCACACCCAAAGACAGGAUCAGAAGAUCCAGCACGGCCCCCACACUCAGUGAUGCAGUGGCUGAACAGUCCAUUUUGGACCAGGGACAAAGUGAGAAGGAUCUCGGCACUGGUGGCAAUAGCACCCAGUCCCCACAAACGACAUGUACUGGGAACAAGCCAAAGAAGAGCACGCGCAAAGGAAAGAACCGCAAUGGCAAGAAGAAAUCUAAGAAGACACCUAAGAGCCAACCUGCCUCGCCGCAGCAGCAAGUUCCCGCUACUGCUGAGAAGAGAGAUUCAUUGCCUGCGCCCCCAACACCUGCCACAGAUGCCACCCAGCUUUACAUAGCACCCGUGCAGCCCCCCAAAGCAACAGCUGCCAAAGCAACAGCAGUGAAGGGUGCUGCCAAGCCUGCUGCCAAGCCUGCUGCCAAGCCCCCUCCUGCACCACCUCUUACACUGGUGAAACCUGAAGUGGAUAACGAACCACCGUCGUUGCCAGGCUUGAAAACCACGACCCCAACAAGUGUAAGACGGCAAGCAGCUGUGCAAAAGUCCCAGGAACAGAACCACAUGCACCGGGCGGAAACCCACCAGCAGCUUGGUAAGAGCCCACCACCUCCCGAAGCAAAUCCCAUUGACUCAGAGGAUGAGGAAUUUCCACUUCCUGAUGAUGAUUCGUUUUCCAAUCCAUCGGAGUUUGGUGAUUGGUUGGAUAUCGAUAUGCAGGAUGAAAGUUCCGACAAAGAACAAGAAGACCAAGAGCAGCCCCCACCCCAGAAGUCUGCUGGCAGCAAGAAGAAGAAAAAGGCAAAGACCCCUGAGCAAAAAGCGAUGCACGCACGCUACAUGCGCUUUAGCCGAUCGCUUAGAAGCACCCUGUCAGCAAAUAUGUACGUCGCAGAAGGACGCCGGUUGAGAUCAGAAGAGCUGGAAAGUGUGCAAAGUAUUGUGUCUUGGUUUGGUCAGCAGAAGCUACAAGUCCUCAGAGACGCUUGGGAAGCCUGCAAGGGGGAGUGGAAGACCUCUAGCCUUUUCAAGAACAUCAGCCACAAGACGACCACUUCGUCCCACGGAGCAAGGGUCUGGUUGACGCGAGCCCAGGUGGCAGAGAAGUACAAGGAUCAAAAGGUUGCAGACCAUAUCUGCGACGCAAAGCUCGCAGAUGCGGAGGUCAAAGAGAAACAAACGAAGUUCCAUCCAGAUGCAGAUGGAAACGAGGAACUUCGUCUGUUUUUGGUCUGGGACUCCGAAGGAGUUUCAGAGCGGGAAGACUCGAUCAUGGAAUCUUUGUUUCAAGCAGCAGACGAAGGGUCGGACUGCGAGUUUGGUGGUGGGAAACAUAAGAGGAAGAGGGCCGCUUCCAAGGGCAAAAAGCGUGGAAAGAGGUCAAAGAAAACUUCAAGUAGCAGCAGCAGCAGCAGCAGUGAUGAAUCUGAGGAGGACGAAGACAGCAGCUCAAGCUCAGACGAUGGCAAGAAGGGCAAGAAAGGUAAGAAGAGCAAAGGCAAGAAAAGCAAAGGUAAGAAGGACAAGAAGGAAAAGAAGGAAACGCAACAGCAAAGGGACAGAAGGGAGCGAAAGGAACAGGAGAAGCGCGAAAAGAAAGAAAAGGCAGAGUUGCAAAAGAAGGAGAACGAGAUGAUUUCCAAAGCGAAGAAGGCUGUCAACGCUGCCAGCGCCCAGAUCACGAAAGCCUCCAAGAAGGUGGAUACCAUCAACGCGAUGUGUCCCAACCUCCGCAAUUGGAUUGAGAAGGACUUCGACAGCAGCUGGAAGGCUUUGGUGAAAAAGAGGGAUCAGCUGCAAUCCGACAUUGAUCUUCGAAAAGUUGGCGAUCUGGAUCAAAGUAUUGCAGCUUGUGAGAAGGCUGAAUCCGAUUACAAAGAUUUCCUGACCCGGGUCAACUUGAAAUGCUUCGAGCGUGAGCAAAGCUAUGCGACACCUUCGAGCCCACGCAAUGGCACCUUGGCGGCCAACAGGCAUCUGCUGCUAUCUGCGGGGGUUUGGGGAGAUCCGACUUUGACUUCGAAGGGGCUUCUGCUGGCAAGGGCCCACCGGGAGUUCAAAGACUUUUGUAGGACGGAAGAAGAGGCGCAGGCUAUCUUCGACGAUGGCCGUGUCAACAUCAGAUUUCACCACGGAUUCGUGGAUGAAGACUCCAUGGCUUGGCUGAAGA